GCCGACCGAACGAACGACGCUAGAAAAGACGCGCGCGACAACAACAAAAACAACGACGACCACGACGAAAGAAAAAAAAACGCAGCGAAUUCGAAUGAUAGAAAAGAAGCAUAACAAAAACAAAAACCAUACGAAAGCCGAAGACAGCCGAUUCCGAGUGCAGCCGAAAUUGAGAAAUAAACGCGAACUGUUAAAAGUUAACGGUUAAACGCGAGCGUCGUCCUGCACCAGCAGCAACAACAACAAGCAGCGGCUUUUGCGAAAACAAAUCGCGCAUUUUUCAAUUCUUAAGAAGAAGAAGCGAAGGAAACUAAAGUAUAAAAAAUCUACGAAAAUGAACAACAAUCAAACGAAUAUUGCGACGGCCUUGGCCACGGCCACAGGCACGGUCCAAACGCUGGAGAGGCAUGCCAACAUUAGUUGCAGCAACUGUUGCAACACCAGCAGCAACAGCAACAGCAACUGCAACAACAGCAGCAGCAGCAGCAGCAACAACAGCAACACAAACAACGCCACAUAUUAUUAUCAGAGAAGAUUGCAACACCUGCUGCUGCUCGCUUUGCUCGUCUGCGUUGCCAGCCUCAACAGCUGUUGGCUCCAGCCGGUGCAGGCGCGACGCCACGCCCCCUUAAUGUUCGAGGAGGCCGAUACGGCGAGGCGCUCCAAUAGACCAGCAGUCACGGAAUGCCAGUUCGGCAAGGUUCUACGCGAAUUGGGCUCCACCUGGUAUGCGGAUCUGGGACCACCAUUUGGCGUCAUGUAUUGCAUCAAAUGUGAAUGCGUUUCGAUACCCAAGAAGCGUCGCAUUGUUGCACGCGUUCAGUGUCGCAAUAUCAAGAACGAAUGCCCGCCGGCUAAAUGCGAUGAUCCCAUCUCAUUGCCUGGCAAAUGCUGCAAGACCUGUCCAGGCGAUCGUAACGAUACGGAUGCUGCUUCGGAUGUGCCAGUGCCCAGCGAGGAAGAGGAGCGCAACAUGAAACAUUACGCUGCGCUGCUAACGGGUCGCACAUCGUACUUCCUGAAGGGCGAGGAAAUGAAGUCCAUGUACACGACAUACAAUCCACAGAAUAUCGUGGCCACCGCUCGUUUCCUGUUCCACAAGAAGAAUCUGUAUUAUUCAUUCUAUACAUCGACGAAAAUCGGUCGACCACGUGCCAUACAAUUCGUCGACGAUCGCGGCGAUAUACUCGAGGAGCAUCAGCUGGAGACGACCCUCAGCGGCACCCUGAGCGUCUAUCAGAAUGCCACCGGCAAGAUCUGCGGCGUCUGGCGGCGAGUCCCGCGCGACUACAAGCGCAUCCUGCGCGACGAUCGCCUUCACGUGGUGCUGCUCUGGGGCAACAAGCAUCAGGCCGAGCUGGCCCUGGCCGGCAAGAUAGCCAAGUACACGGCAUUGCAGACGGAACUGUUCAGCUCCCUGCUGGAACCGGCGGCGACCAACGGCAAAACGGAUCCCCAACUGGCCGGAGCCGGCGGCACGGCCAUUGUCUCGACGAGCAGCGGUGCGGCUAGCUCGAUGCACUUGACCUUGGUCUACAAUGGUAUCUUUGGCGUGGAGGAAUAUGCCGAUGCCGGGCUGAGUGUUCGCAUCGAGCUGCCGGAGCGCAAGGAACUGAUCCUGGACGAGGUGUCGCGUGUGCGCAAGCCAUCGGCCGAGAUCAAUGUGCUGGAGCUGUCCUCGCCCAUUUCCAUACAGAAUCUGCGCCUGAUGUCGCGCGGCAAACUUCUGCUGACCGUGGAGUCCAAGAAGUAUCCGCAGCUGAGGAUCCAGGGACACAUUGUGACGCGUGCCAGCUGCGAGAUCUUCCAGACGCUGCUGGCGCCGUCGCACGGCAACGAGCUGAGCACACGGAGCAGCGGCCUGGCCUGGGUCUAUCUGAACACGGACGGCUCGCUGGCCUAUAACAUUGAGACGGAUCACGUGAACACCCGGGAUCGUCCGAACAUUAGCCUGAUCGAGGAACAGGGCAAUCGCAAGGCCAAGCUCGAGGAUCUGACGCCCAGCUUCAAUUUCAAUCAGGCCAUCGGCAGCGUCGAAAAGCUCGGACCCAAAGUCCUGGAGUCUCUCUACGCCGGCGAGCUGGGCGUGAAUGUGGCGACGGAUCAUGAGGCGAGUCUGAUACGCGGCCGCCUCGUGCCACGGCCCGUAGCCGAUGCCCGCGACUCCGCCGAGCCCAUUCUACUCAAGGCGCACGUGGAGCAUGGCCAGAACCAGGGCCAGGGCAUGGGCAUGGCCUGGAUGGCGAUCGACAACGAAUGCAAUCUCCAUUACGAACUGACGCUGAGCGGCGUGCCGAACCAAGAGCUGCAGCUGUACCUGGAGGAGAAGCCGAUCGAGGCCAUCGGAGCGCCCGUGACCCGGAAGCUGCUCAAAGAGUUCACGGGCAACUACAUGGAGGGCUUCCAGCUGUCGAUGCCCUCCGCGGAGCUGAUCAAGCUGGAGACGAGCGUUUGCUACCUGGAGCUGCACUCGAAGGUGAAUCCGCGCCUGCUGCUGCGCGGCAAGUUGAAGUCGACCAAGGUGCCAGCGCACUGCUUUCCCAUCUACACGGACAACAAUGUGCCGGUGCCGGGCGAUCAGAAUGGCAAUCAGAUGCUGAGCACCGAGAGCAACUGCUACCAUUCGGGCCGCUUCUACAACGAGUCGGAGCAGUGGCGCAGCGCCCAGGACACCUGCCACAUGUGCGCCUGCCAGCGCGGCCAGGCCAACUGUGAGCUGAUCAAGUGCCCGGCCCUGAAGUGCAAGGCGGGCGAGCAGCUGCUGCAGCGCGAGGGCGAGUGCUGCCCCAGCUGCGUGGCCAAGCCGGCCGACUGGGCCCAGGCCCAGGGCCAGCUGAGCAGCUCGCCGGCGAUCAAUGCCAGUGAUCUGCUGCAGCAGCGCCGCGGCUGCCGACUGGGCGAGCAGUUCCAUGCCGCCGGCGCCAGCUGGCAUCCGUUUUUGCCGCCGAACGGCUUUGACACCUGCACCACCUGCAGCUGCGACGCCCAGACUCUGGAGGUGCGCUGCCCCCGCAUGGUCUGCCCGCCGCUGCAGUGCAGCGAAAAGCUGGCCUACCGCCCCGACAAGAAGGCCUGCUGCAAGGUGUGCCCGGAGGGCAAGCAGAGCAACCACGGCGCCAGCAGCAAGCACCAAGCGCCGGCCAAUCACAACGAGCUGCACGAUCAGGCCGUCCAGCGUACGGCCGCCCACAAUGCCGAGGAGGUGCUCGCCGCCGGCGGCUGCAAGGUGGUCAACAAGGUAUACGAAAACGGACAGGAAUGGCAUCCCAUCCUCAUGUCGCACGGCGAGCAGAAGUGCAUCAAGUGCCGCUGCAAGGACUCGAAGGUGAACUGCGAUCGCAAGCGCUGCUCCCGCUCCACCUGCCAGCAGACGCGCGUCUCCAGCAAGCGACGUCUCUUCGACAAGCAGACGGGCGUGGCCGAGCUGGUGGGUGGCGUUGCCCAGCCCAUUGACGAAUGCUGUUCGACGCAAUGCCGACGCUCGAGGCGACACCACAAGAGGCAGCCGCACCAUCAGCAGCGCGCCACAAGCUGAGCGAGCGAGCAAGCGAGACAGAGGAACAGAAUUACAGAAAGAGAGAGCGAGAGAGAGAGAGAGAGAGAGCGAGCAUCAUGUAAACUUGUAUUAUAGAUAGACAGAAAGAGAGGCCAA